AUGCAUGGUUCGACGGCGGACCGCAGACUGGAUGUUGGUUUUGUCGAUGAUUUAAAAGGACCUCCAUACCACUGGAAGCAAAUACUAGUACCCGGAGAACUGAAGAGUAAUCCGUCUGCCGACACCGCCUCCAAAGCUUGGAUCGACCUUGGGAGAUAUGCGAGGGAAGUGCUCGCCGCACAGGACACCCGACGCUUCGUGAUGGGCUUCACGCUCUGUGGAUCUCUCAUGAGAGUUUUGUGUCGGUGGUCCUUGGAUUUCUGGAUGGAUGAAGAAGACCUCGGGUUUGAGCUAACGGUCAUGGUGUCGGACAAAGACCGAUUUAUCAAGAUUCCGCGGAACGGUUCUACCGACCAGAUUGCCAUUGAUGGGGUCAUCCUUCGGGCGCGUUGUGUGGCUGGCCGCGCUGUGACUUGCUGGAAAGCCCAUCCCAAAGGACAUCCAGAAACGCCGCUUGUCAUCAAGGAUUCAUGGCAAUAUCCCGAGCGCGAUGAGGAAGGCGAUCUUCUGCGUGAAGUGACGGACAAAGGCAUUAUACCACCAAACAAGAUGGUAAAAGAUGACCCGCGGAAAGGCCGGCCCGGCAGCAGCAAGAAGCGGCCCUCCAGCCUACUCGACUCCGCUUUGCCCUCAAGCAAGCGGUCCUGCUCCAUGUCUCCAACAAAGGUGCCAAGUACCGCCCAAUCGGGUUCAUCGGCGCAUCAUUCUCCGGGAUUAUGGCGAGCUCUCGAUCAGCAUUGCUUGCUGCACUGGUGGAACUACGAGAGUGAUGAAACGUUGGCUGAGCUCCAGAUGGGUGUAGUUGCUGACGAGCAAUACUUUCAGCAAAAGAUUACGGAGAGCUUCACUGCACAAUACCAGCCACUAGUGCCCUGGGACACAAAACUAUGA